CUCAUGACCUCACUGUGCAGACAGCUGAUCUCUGAAACUGCCGAGGUUUGGUUACACUGAGGAUUUGAAUUACCGUUACCUGUUGAGCAGUGAAGCUGAAACUACUAUGUCAAAUCUAAAGUGCCCAUGCCGAGUGGUUCGACCUUGAGAAGCACCUCUUUCAUCAUUUAUCAGAAGAUAAACUGAUUCUGUGGCAGGGAAGCCUGGAGACAUGUUAACGUGCAGUUAUGAUCUGGCCGUCUCCCCGCAACAUGACUUGAAUGACACGUUCAGGGAUGGAUGUCAGGAACUUCACAACAGCCAUCGACAGCGCCUCUUCGGACGAGGCUUCUUCAAGUCGAGUCCUGACCGGCUGUUUCCUCUCGCUGCUCAUCCUCACCACACUGCUGGGCAACACGCUUGUGUGCGCGGCCGUCACCAAGUUCCGCCACUUGCGCACCAAAGUCACCAACUUUUUUGUCAUCUCGCUAGCUGUGUCAGACCUCUUGGUGGCCAUUUUGGUGAUGCCUUGGAAGGCGGUGAGCGAGAUUGCCGGUUUCUGGCCGUUCGGCUCCUUCUGCGACACUUGGGUUGCCUUCGACAUCAUGUGCUCCACAGCUUCCAUUCUCAACCUGUGCGUGAUCAGCCUGGACCGCUACUGGGCCAUCUCCAGCCCCUUUCGCUACGAGCGUAAGAUGACGCCCAAAGUGGCUUUUGUGAUGAUUAGCGCGGCGUGGACGCUGUCUGUCCUCAUUUCCUUCAUUCCAGUGCAGCUCAACUGGCACAAAGCUCAAAGCACAUCUUUCAGCUCACUCUCCUCCCACCCGUCCACCUUUUUGAGAACAAAUGUCACAUCGGAGAACUGUGACUCCAGCCUGAACAGGACCUACGCUAUCUCCACCUCGCUCAUUAGCUUCUACAUCCCCGUCGCCAUCAUGCUGGUCACCUACACCCAAAUCUACCGCAUCGCGCAGAGGCAAAUCAGGAGGAUCUCCGCCUUGGAGAGGGCGGCAGAGAGCGCCAAGAACCGGCACGACAGCAUGGGCGGAGGCUCCAGCAUCGCCGAUUCGGAGAGCUCCUUCAAGAUGACCUUCAAGAGGGAGACCAAGGUGCUGAAGACGCUUUCGGUCAUCAUGGGCGUGUUCGUGUGCUGCUGGCUCCCCUUCUUUGUGCUCAACUGCAUGGUGCCCUUCUGCGAGCAGUCGAGCGGAGAGGAGGCUCUCCCCUGCAUCAGCCCCACCACCUUCGACGUGUUCGUGUGGUUCGGCUGGGCUAAUUCCUCCCUCAACCCCAUCAUCUAUGCCUUCAACGCAGAUUUUCGCAAGGCCUUCUCCAUCCUGCUGGGCUGCCACAAACAAUUUCCAGGAGGCCACAACAUCGAGACAGUUAGUCUAAACAAAAAAUGACUCACGACUCGUUCAACAGCGCUGACUCAUCCCCAAAGGGGUGCAAGCGCCCCCCGCUAAGGCCGGUCUGAUUGCCUUCAAAAAGAGAUGCUGCUCUGUGUGUGUCAGAGCGACUGAAGGCGCUGACCCUACGUGGACCCUGGUUGUACUGGGCAAGUGGCCCGACUCCGGGGCGGCCGUCAGAGUGAGCGCCCUCACUUCAUGUCUUGGCGCGGCGAGAGAGCCCAGAUGAGAGGAAGGGGAUUUGGGGAUUGAGAUUAAGACUCUUUGCUCUUACGCCACCGAGCGCUGCAGUAGUGAGAGGCCAGUGGAAUAGAUAAUCCCAUGGCUGGGCAGCGCACGUCCGAAUGUUUCCGGCCACUGCUCGCUUCAGUACCAUCGCAUGCUCGGUGUACAGCGGCAUGGUAAACGCCCCGGAGAGAGGCCGUAGAUUAACAAAGUAUGUCAGCAAGCCGAUUUUACACUGGGGAAAUUUUGAAAAUACACUUCACCGUUCAAGCACUGAUUUAACAAUAACGUUGCGAUUUUAUUCCAAGGCAUUUUCAGAGCAGAAAUCUGAACUGCCUUACAAAGUUUUAAAUGCAUCAAAACAUGCAUGUUGUGUCUUAUUGUUCUCACCCAAAAACAAUAUUUGACUCUUUUGUUUUGAAUCUCAUCAUCAAUGGUCUCUCUGUUUGAAGUGGUUUUACAAAAGGUGUCUCACAUUGCAGUGUAUUUUAGGGAAAAAGCAAAGACAACCACUCUACAUCAUUUGUCUUAAAUUGAUCACAAUUAACAAUUGUGGAUUAUUAUUCAAAUUGGCUCUUACUUUAACAGCUGAGCAUCAUUUGUAUAUAGACAAUAUCUCAAGUUUAAAGAAGACUGUUUAACGUCUUGUGUACAACUAGUUGUGUGUCUCGAGUGCCUGCAAACCCAUCAAGUGUGAAAUUAAACAACGGUGUAAAUCUUUACUUAUAUGCCUGCUCCUGAAAAUGUGUCAUUUUGUACUUACUCCCUACUGUUAAGAAGCAGUGGGACUAAUUAACAUAACAACCAACCCCUCACAGAGAUUCUUGGCUAGACAAAGUUCCAGAGCGAUUGAAGAACUUUGAAGCAGCAGUCGUAACGCAAUCAUGUCAAAUCUGCAAGGAACUGCAGCGUUGGCACUUAGCGCAGUUUAGCAUGAGCUGUUAAUGUUGCCUUCUGAAAAUAAUGUUAGAAUAAUGCUUAGCUAAGGCAUUGCUUCUCAAACGGCGGGGAGGACCCCGCUUAAUUACGAUAUUAUUUUGGAUGUGAUUCAGAGGCGCACUUUUAUGGACAGAUUAUACUAUUUAUAGUCACUGAGGAGAGUUGGGGGUGAAAUAUGUUCUAAGAUAUUUUUGACAUACAAGCAGAUUUCUGCUAAAGUGGAUAUACACAUCACUGAUCAUAAAGUCUAUUUGUUCAUUUUAUGUCCUGUUGAAGGGCAAAUGCCCUCCACACGUCAGAACGUUGCCUAUUUCAGUCCAAAGGGCAAAAUUGAACAAGCCCAGCUGUGUCUCACAUCUAAAAUUUCCCUCUCAAAUAACU